AUGGAGCCGAUGGCCGUCGUCCAAGCCCUCCUCUCGCCCCGCUCCAUGUCCAACCCCGUGAGCCCGACGACGAGGCCGCCUGCGCGGUCGCGCCGCAACAGCGUCGAGGCCGAGCCCAAGCGGAAGUUUACGAGCUUUCCCCUGCCUAACGCAAGCAGCGACAAGGCCGGGAUGCAGCUGCCGCCGCCCGAGGCGAAUCCACUCUUUGGCGACCGCGCGUCGCUGAUGACGCCGCCGACGCGCGACCGGACGUUCUGGAUGCCCGACAAUGUCUGCAAGGUCUGUCGUGAGUGUGGCGAAGCGUUCAACCUUUUCAAGCGCCGCCAUCACUGCCGCCUUUGCGGCCUCAUCUACUGCCACGCGUGUAGUCCGCACUCGAUUGACGGCUCGGAGCACGGGUACCCGAACCAGAAUAUCCGUAUCUGCAAACGCUGCUUCAAGACGCUCGACCCGUCGACUGGCGUUGAAAUGAGCGGCUACGAUCUCGACCCCGCGUCGCCGACGUCGCCGCUCAUGCCCAUGAGCCACACAGUCUUCGACUACGACACGCACAACGGCACAACGUUCAACACGCUCGUGUCGGACGCCAUCAGCGACGAUGUUCCGGCCUCAACCGCAGUCGUCGCGCCGACGUCGACCGUGCCAAGCUUUCGCCGUCGGCCGAGCAUGGAGCUGCGCGGUGCACUGGCGAUCCUCCAGCGCCAGGACACGCCGCUGACGCCCAUGCCACCGAUCGGCGAAGAUGCAGGCGCCUCAUCGCUAUUGGAGCGGCACCAGGACGUGGCAGCGAGCCAGCUCCAAGCACUGCUGCUGCAGCGCAUGCAAGCCAUUCCGCUGCCGGCGCUCGACCGCCAGCUGCUGCUCAACGACAUCAACCAGCACAUUUCGUCGACGACCAAGCGGUUUGUCGAGAUGCCAUACUUUCGCACGCACCUCGGCUUCAACCACCAGGACCUCCUUACCGUCAAAACGAUCGCGGGCGGCGAGAGCUACAGCUGCGGCCUCGUGCAAGGCGUCGUGUGCCACAAGAACGUGAGCCACAAGAAGGCAGCGAAGGUCCUCGAGUCGCCGCGCGUGCUUGUUUUGCGCGAUGGCAUAGUCUUUGGCCACGCGACCGAGCGCCUUAGCUCGCUCGACACGCUUCUCGACCAGGAAAAGACGUACAUGAAGCUCAUCGUUGAGAAGAUCACGCGCAUGCAGCCGCACAUUGUGUUUACAGGCCAGAGCGUUUCGCGGCUGGCGCAGGACCUCCUCGCUGAAAGCAACAUUGCGCUCGUCCUCAACGUCAAGCCCGAGCUCCUCGCGCGCAUUGCGCGGCACACGAAAGCGACCAUCGUCCCGAGUACCGAGAACCUCGUCGCCGAAGACAUUAGCGUCCUCGGACGCGCGUGCACUUCGUUCCACGUCGAGACGUACCUCGUGCAAGACCAGGAAAAACCAAGCCGGAAGCGCGAGUCGUACAUUUACCUCGAAGGCUCCGAGGUCGAGGCCGGCGGCACGAUCGUGUUUCAAGGCCCUGAUAAAGGCGUCCUGCGGCAGCUCAAGGCGCUCUGGGUCGACGUCGCUGCGAUGGCGUACGACCUCUCGCUCCAAGCAUAUGUACUCAACGACCUCAUGUACCCGGUGGUCCCUGUCUCGAAAAGCCCCACCUUGCAUGCUGUGAAAGGCAUGGUCAAGCAGGUCGACGUACCAAACCGCCCCAAGUACGUUCCGUGCGCGUCGCCGACCGAGUUUGCGCUCGACUACUACUCGCCGCUGGACAAAGCCCUUGGCGCAUACCUUUUUCAGGACUGCAUUGCGCCCAGCACCAAGUGCCAAGUCGCGACUUGCCGCGUCCCGCUCAUCGACCAUAUCCAAACGUACUCGUGCGGCAACGGGACCGUCUUGGUCGCGGUCGAGAACCUGCCGGAGAAGGAGCGGCUCCAGAUCUCCGCGGUGGUCGACGAGGCCAAGCCCGAGAUUUCGUUUUGGCGCUACUGCCGCGAAUGCGCCAAGGUCGUGACGCCGUUUGUGAUGCUGUCGCCGAUGGCGCUUCAGUUUUCGUUUGGCCGAUUUCUCGAAAUCAUCUUUAGCGUCAAGGGCAUGAUGCAGUCGCACGAGACAAGCGAGUGCGCCCACGAUGGCCAGUCCAACCAUUUACUCUACUUCAACUGUGGCCGCCACGCGAUCCGCGUCGAGUACAAAGAAGAGCGACCGUGGUAUGUGCAGCACGACAACUGCGUCCCAUUCGACCCAAUGUGGUACCUUGGCCUGCAGCAGUCGCUGGCACAAGAGCUUCUCACGCCGGUCGCGGACUUCAUCGUGCUCAUUCUCAAUGAGAUCCACGACCUGCCGACGAGCCGCGGGGCCAUGUGUCUCGAGCUCCGCGUCGAGACAGCCAAGAAGGAGCUCAUCGCGCAGCUCCGGCAGCUCAUGGCCCACGGUGAGUUUUCGUCAACCGCCGACAACGACGACGAAGACUCGAUUGUGGACGCCAACACCUUGCGCCGGACCUUUUACCAUCUUGCGUCCGAGUGGGUUGCCGCGUUGCAAAAGCUACAGCACGUCGACGAGGUCCCAUUGCGCAUCCUCACCAACGAGCUCGGGGCUGGCAGCGCGCCGAGCAGCACCGUGCCCUCGCCCACGACGACGACAGCGUCGCCAACGAUCCUCGACGUGGCCAAAGUCGAAGCCGAAGCGAUUGUCGAGGCGCUACUCGAGGCGCCGCUGCCGCUUUCGUUGCCGCCACCGACAACGUGGAAGUCGACGCUGGGCAGUAUUUUGCUCCGGAGCACAGCCAACAGUCCGCGCCAUAGCAACCAUCCGCUGGAGCUGCCCGAGCUCGUGACCGCGGGGGCGCCGAUGCUGCCGCCGGGCGCCCACGGCCGCGUCAUUGGCGUCUAUGAGGAUCUGCGGUUUUCGUUUGCAGCAUACGCGCUCAACUCGGUCGAGUACGAGACGGAGCUCGCGGCGCUCAAGUUGCACGACCUCCACAACGUCUCGACCGAGCAGCUCUUGCGGUCCAAGACGGACACGAGUCUCAAACUCAAAUUUGCGUCCACGCCCGAGAUGGAGUUUACGUGCGUCGUGCACUAUGCGAUUCAGUUUGAAGCGCUCCGGAGCCUCUUUUACGGCCGCCACGCCGACUACCUCGCGUCGAUCGCGUCGUGCGCGACAUGGCAAACCAAGGGCGGCAAGUCGGGUGCUAGCUUCUUCCGCACCCAGGACAAGCGCUUCGUCAUCAAGUACAUCUCCCAGACCGAGCUCCAGUGCUUUCUCGCAUCGGCGGUCGCGUACUGCGAGCACAUUGCGCGUGUGUACUACGACAGCGUCCCGAGCGUCCUCUCCAAGAUUGUCGGCGUCUACUCGGUCACCAAGGCCAAAUGGACCGAGCACAUUGUCGUGAUGGAAAACAUCUUUGGCGGCGUCGACGUGGCGCCCGUCUUUGACCUCAAGGGCACGACACGCAACCGGUAUGCGCCACCGAGCUCGUCGGUCCUCCUCGACGGCAACCUCCUCGUGCAGACCCAAGGACUACCGUGCCCGCUGCACCCGCGGGCGUACGAGAAGCUGGUCGAGGCCAUCAAGCACGACGUGGCGUUCCUGAGCGACAACAACAUCAUCGACUACUCGCUUGUGAUUGGGUACGUGCCGGACGUCGACUUGUCCCAUGACGCGUCGGUCGUCGGCAACGAAAACGUGCACAUUGGCAAGAGCAACCGCGUCCUCCUGGUCGGUAUCAUCGACUACCUCCGGCACUAUGACUUUAUCAAGCGCAUGGAGAGCGUCGGAAAGAGCGUCACGAUGAUCGCGGGCCAGGACGCGCCCACGAUCGUCGAGCCAAAGAUGUACGCCAAGCGGUUUGCGGAUGCGCUCUCGCUGCAGUACUUUAUGCCUGUCCCAAGUCCCUCUGCGAGCACUUAG